AUGGCUUCAAAAAUCAUUCUUUCUAUCUGCGUUGUGGCUCUUUCUGUACAGGCCAUAUCAUGCACCUGCGCUGGGCGCUGGGCAGGUUCUCCCUACGGCUAUGAAGCUGGCGCUUUGGCUGCUGAUAGAUACGCUGCCGAUCGUUAUGCUGCUGAUAUUGUAGCGACAGAACGUUAUGCCGCUGAUCGUAUUGCUACUGACGCUUAUGCUUCCAACUGGUACAACGGCCUUGGAUAUGGUGCUGCAUACGAAUACCCCGCUGCUUACGAAUACGGCGCUUUCGGCCAAAUGUCUCCUGCUGCUUCCAGAGGUGGACCCCUCCCUGUAGCCAGUUCCUCCCCAAUCUCACCAAACGGCGUGUCGCUUCUCUCAGAGAACGCCAUCGAAGGUGUUCUUGGAGUAGCUGGUAGGCUACCCUUCUUGGGAACAGUUGCUCUGGAAGGUGCUCUACCAACUGCUGGUGCCGGUUCAGUGGCAUAUGGCAGCGGAAAUGGAAACGUUGGUAUCUUGGCCGAAGGUGCUCCUGAGUUCGGUUAUGGCUAUGGUGGAUAUAAUGCUGCAGAGUUAGGUUAUGGCUAUGGAGCUAUGGGACGUGGAUAUGGCUACGGCUGCUAA